CCUAGCCGCAGCCCCGCAACUUACCGGAAAUCGCUACCUGAAAGCCCUCAAAUGGCGGAGAGAGGGUCCUCAUUGCCCUAACUUGAAGAUCGUGGAAACGGUUUUCAAUUUCUUAUUGGGUGAAGAAGGUUCGAUCCAAUUCGGUUUUCUAUCGGUUUAUAAAAAAACCCAAAUCAAAACCAAACCGAGAAAAAGUUGGUUCGUUUCAGUCGGCUGAACCGGUUCCAAAAUUAGAAUUCACAAGUUCGCUACUCUUUCUUGCCUUGGCCUGAUUCAAAAUUGGAGGCCUCAUCAUUUGUCAACGGAAACUGCAAAGUAACCAAAACAAAUUUGGAUUCAUCUUCUUCUUCAUAGGGGUUUCACCAUUUUUAUGAUUUACCAGCAAACGGCUUCCCAGAGAGGUGCUAGUAAAGUUGCAGUCUUGCAGGAUUUGGAGAAGCUCUAUAGCUAACAUGGAUUCAAUAAAAGCGACGAAGCUCACUUACUUCGAUGAUAUGUGGAAACUUCAAUCAAAGGCUUCUCUUAUCUCCUGCAUUCAGGGUGAGGAUGGUCGGCGUGCUCUGAUCCUGGAUUCUACCAUUUUCCAUCCUCAAGGUGGUGGUCAGCCAUCAGACACCGGUUUCAUAACCCUUGCUGCUUCCGAUUCCAAGUUCAUUGUCCAAGAUACUCGAUUGAAAGAUGGAUUAGUUUUCCAUUAUGGGUAUUUUGAGAACGCCGGUGAGGAUGGGGACCCUGAAUUGCGUGAAGGGCAAGAGGUUUGUUUAUACGUGGAUGAAGCUCGACGCAAUCUCAAUUCCAGGUUGCAUUCAGCUGGACACUUGUUGGAUAUCUGCGUGCAAAAUGUUGGUUGGGUUCAUUUACGACCAGGCAAAGCCAAUCAUUUCCCUGAUGGAGAUGGAAACAGAGUAGAGAUACCUGAGAUAGCAGUCAAAUAUUCCAUGAGUGUGUUCUACCGAAUGGAGAGCACUCCUCGUAUUGUAAAGUUAGGGGAACAUCCUGGAUGUCCUUGUGGAGGGACCCAUGUUGUGGAUAUUUCAGAGAUCAGGAGCUUGAAGGUUGGCCAGAUUCGAACGAAGAAGGGAGUGACGAAAAUAUCUUAUACUGUUGAUUAAUUACUUCUCCAAAUCAGGGAAUUUUACUUUGCAAUGCCUAUAUUUGACAGGUUUUAGGGCAAUCCCAUAUUACUGGUACCGAGGGGACUCAUGUACUCUCCCGGCUUCUUGUAUUUACAUUUUACAGUAACUUUUAUCACUGAAAGUUGCUUAUAUAUAUCCAUUGCUGAUCCUCUCCAGGGUCUUUCUUCUUUCA